UACGAGGUCCACAUUCACCCUAGGACAAAAUGGCAUGGACAUAUCUAGCCAAACGUAGUGGGAUAAUAAUACAGAAUGGUUUUGGUGGCUUCGCGUUAGUCAAAACGAGCUUCACGUUCAAUGGAACCCCCAGAUACGAAGCAAGCACCAAACAAACAGAGCUAGAGUUAGAUAUGAAUAAGGAGGAAGUAGAAGCGAUGACACGAAGAUGGAUGGCUUCCUGCAGCGGGCGGCUCUGUGUCUCGCCUGCCAUGGCUCCUGCUGCAGGCAAUUCGAAACCAGAAGAUGGGCUCCUCUUUUUGCGUGACAGGCACUUUGAGCUACAUGGAGAGAUCAUGAUGUUUGCGCUUGUCGCUUUCUUCUGUCUUUUCAUCCUAUUCCUCGUCAUGCUGCCUUAUCUCAAGCACCUUAGCAAUAAUGAAUCGGAGUAUUCAGGCUCCGUGGCACCUCAAAACUCAUGUCCCUUCCCGUGGCUGAGGAAGAGGAGGAUGGAGGAUGUCACACCAGAAGUAUCACUGCAGGGCGAGAAUGAAUUUAGCAGGAAAUUCCCCCUUAUUCUGAAGUUUGGCUCUGAUCGAUGCGUGUCUUAUCUGGUUUCCGCCGAGAGCAAAGCCAUAAUAUUCGUAACCAAUAUCACUAACGUAUGGUUGUGAGACUCCAAUCUCUACGAUCGAUAUCGCGUGUAAUCUUAUUUGUGUUCUCUCAUGAUAUUUACUUUGUAGAUCUUCGAAGGGCUGGAUAUAAAUAUAUAUAUAUAUAUAUAUAUAUAAAUACAUACUCGAUGGUUUAGAACUUUAGAUCUCCCUUUCCUGUAAUCUGGCUAUUGCCAUAAGUUACCUACUUCUAUCAAUUAAUGUUUGCAAUUGGAUUAUUCCUUGGUAAAUUAGCUAGAAA